UAUGAGAUUGUGUGUGCUUUUCUGAGGGGUUAGCUGCCCCAUUCUGGGGGCUUUGUGUCUUCCUGGAGAAAGAGAACUGUUUAAGGAUUAGUAGAAAGUGGCUCUCUAAUAAAUAGGUUAUCUGAAAUGCAUAGAAGUAUGAGAAUGAAAUUUCCAGAUUAAUUCCAAAAUUGUGUUUUCCAUCCCAGUGCAUUCACAAAAACCCAACCAAACAAAAAACCCCCAAAAAACCAAUGAACUAAAAAAAAAAAUAAUAUUCACAGAUUGUUUCCUGAAAACCCAGUUGUGUGUUUCAGAUUGUUAAAGAUGAAAAAUGUGCACCAAAGAAUCUGUUCUAUUUAUUUAUUAUUGGUCUUAAACAGGCAUAAGUCUUCUUCUGUUCUUUAAUUUCUAGAAUUAUCCCUGUGCCCACUGGAAAAUUUUGUGGAAUUUUGUUUUCCUUUUCUUGGUUUGGCGCUUUUUUUUUCCCCACUCAUAUUUAAAAUGUGUUAGAUUAUGCCAGGUGAAAAGAUAGCAAUACAUUUUCUUUCAAAUUAGGUUUCUCUUUCUGAAUGUACUGUAGAAACCUGCCAGCAGUAUACCUGGCGAGAUGUCUGUCACAAAAGCUUGGGGGAAAAAAAAUGUAAAUUUUAACCAUCAGCCAGGACAAGGCAGCAGUUGUAAUAGGAAGCUACAUGGGUUGUAUUUGGAAUGUGAUUCCUAACUAGCAUGUUUUUAUUAGUGCUUUAAAAAAAAUUGUUUAUGGAAGAAAAUGAUGUAAAGAUGCUAAGAAGUGCAUUCUUCAAACAAAUAAUGUUUUCUUGACAAUGGAAAGAAGGCAGAACUAAUUUUUGGUUGGAUAAAUUAAUGUGUGAGGCCUGUAGGAAGCUGAUGACCGCAUUUGUCAUGGAUGUCACCUUUCAUUGAACUUCACUUGAAAUUGGGCUGAAAGGCCUUUCAAAUGUUAGUAUCAGUACCUGUUUCUGGGAGCUGGGCCUAAGCAAUUAAGAUUGUGUAAAAACAGAUAGUUACGUAUAAUCUGCAAAAUGAGUGCCUUAUGCUGUCAGUAAAAAAGUGAUUUUUUGCUAUAUAAGGAAAAUGCAAUUAAUAAUUUUAGAACAAAAAAGAGAACCUGGGUAGGAGGCUUGCACUUGCUGUCCUGUCACCUGAGUUCUCAGAACCCUGGCUGCAUGGUGGGCAGGGCAGUGCUGUCGUGGCGGGCUUCUGGCUAUGCAGAGAAAUAAAAAAUGUGCCCCUGUGGCUUUAGGGGAAGAUGCAUAUGGCACUUUUUCCCCAAAAUCACGGAAAUUGCAGUUGGUGUUAGAUAAGUAUAUGAUUCAACAAUUCCAGUGUGAGAAAAUACACUAUAAACCAUAGAUUUUUCUGUUCAAACGUUGAAGCAUGUAUUGACUAGGUGUGAUUCUUCCAAGUCUGCAUUUAGGACAAGGAGGUGGUCUGAGCAGAAAGCUGGAUUUAAAGGCUGUAGACUUCUGUCUCAGUAACUGAACAUGUCAUGCUAGCUUUUGCUAUGAAUAAGACUUAUGGCCAAAAUGUUGACUUUUCAAGAGCAUUUGGGAAAAAUAAUUUUUAAAUUUCUGUUGGACUUUAGUGUUUCUUUUUUGUCAUCAGGUAGGAUAUGUGGCAUCUAAGAAGCUAAACAGGAGAUCUUUAUGGCCCAGUCUUUCACUGAAUACCUACAGUAUUUCUGAGACUAAAUCUUUUCCUCCUCUACCACCCUCCCCACCCUCCCCCAGUCUUACUUUAUUGUGAGUCUGCCCUUUUUCAGUAUUACAGGGGUGUAUUUUCACAUGAAUGAAGUGUUCUUGAAUAAUUUGUCUGACUGUGCUGGGAACAAAGAGGGUUUUCUUCCAUGUCUGGCAUGAGUGUUUUCUUCAGCUAACUUCUUGCGGAAAGUUCUGGAAAACAUCAACACCAUCAAUGAAUGGCUUGAUCUUCACUCUCAUCUCCAGAUGACUUGUCCUGUUGUUCAUAAGGAUGUCGUCUGCUGCUGAAAAUGGUGAUGUUACUGCUGGAAAGCCACAUGAAGAGAAAACGUAUAAAAAGACUGCAUCCUCAGCUAUUAAAGGUGCUAUCCAGCUGGGAAUAGGAUACACAGUAGGAAACCUUACAUCAAAACCAGACAGAGAUGUUCUUAUGCAAGACUUCUAUGUAGUGGAAAGUGUCUUCUUACCAAGUGAAGGGAGCAAUCUUACCCCUGCUCAUCAUUAUCCUGACUUCAGAUUUAAGACGUAUGCACCUCUUGCCUUCCGCUAUUUCAGAGAACUUUUUGGUAUCAAGCCUGAUGAUUACUUGUACUCAAUCUGCAGUGAGCCUUUAAUUGAGUUAUCCAACCCAGGUGCCAGUGGGUCCUUAUUUUUUGUAACUAGUGAUGACGAGUUCAUCAUCAAAACAGUUCAACACAAAGAGGCUGAGUUUCUUCAGAAGCUCUUGCCGGGUUAUUAUAUGAAUCUGAACCAGAAUCCAAGGACUCUUCUGCCCAAAUUUUAUGGGCUGUACUGCGUUCAGUCAGGAGGCAUUAAUAUUAGAAUUGUUGUAAUGAACAAUGUUUUGCCGCGAGCCUUGAAAAUGCAUUUCACAUAUGACUUGAAAGGUUCCACAUACAAACGGAGAGCAUCAAGAAAAGAAAGGGAGAAGUCCAACCCUACAUUCAAAGACUUGGAUUUCUUGCAAGACAUGCAUGAAGGGUUGUAUUUUGACUCUGAAACACACAGUGCACUAAUGAAAACACUGCAGCGGGAUUGUCGAGUUCUAGAAAGUUUUAAGAUCAUGGAUUACAGUCUGCUGCUGGGAAUCCACAUACUGAACAGUAAUGUGAAGGAAAAGGAAGGAGAGAGUUCCCAGAGCGCAUCAGAUGUGAAACGUCCUGGAGGGCAGAAAGUUCUCUAUUCCACAGCCAUGGAGUCUAUACAGGGCCCUGGGAAGUCAGGGGACUCUGUCACCACAAAGACAACAAAUACAAUGGGAGGUAUUCCAGCUAAAAGCCAUAGAGGAGAAAAGCUGCUUCUAUUUAUGGGUAUUAUUGAUAUUCUCCAGUCUUACAGGUUAAUGAAGAAGUUGGAACAUUCAUGGAAAGCUCUUGUUUAUGAUGGGGACACUGUUUCAGUUCACCGACCAAGUUUUUAUGCAGACAGAUUUUUAAAGUUUAUGAAUACAAGAGUUUUCAAGAAAAUUCAAGCUUUAAAGUCUUCACCUUCAAAGAAACGGUGCAAUUCCAUCACAGCCCUAAAGGCAACAUCCCAGGAAAUAGUGUGUGCGGUUAGCCAGGAGUGGAAGGAUGGAAAGCAUGGCAUUCUUGCUGAAGGACAAAGCUACGCCAGCCUUGAUGAAGAGGUACUAGGUUCACACCACCGGCCGGAUCUAGUGCCAAGCACUCCAUCUCUGUUUGAAGCAGCUUCCUUGGCAACCACAAUUUCUUCUUCUUCCUUGAAUGUAGAUGGGCAUUAUCAACAUGAUCAACCUAUGCUUUAUUCUAGCAGCAGGCUGUGAAGCAAGCAACAUAAAUUAUAAUUUAACAAAGAGCAAAAGAAGCACAGUGCCUUCUAAUGGAAAAGUAGAGAAGAGAGGAAGAAAAUAAAGGGUUACCUUCGAGUUCAACUUUCACUUUAGAAGACAGUGCCAUAUAUUUGACUUCAGAACAAAGCACGCUGGAAAUGGAAAAUGAUAAUGCUUCAGUUUUGGAUGUCUACUUAUAACAAAUACACGAAGACUAAAACUGAGAGAAGUGACCGUGGUUAAUGAAGAGCACUUUCUGCACUCCUCAUUUAAGAAGGAGGAAUUUGCUAAGCCUAAUAGACAAAGAGUAAUAAUCAACUGAACUUGUUCUAAGAAGUGUCAGGACCUUUGAACCAUAGAAAGGAUUGAUGGACUUGGCAAAAACGAUGUGAAACAUUCCACACUCUGCUAUCAUCUGACGUUGCUUGCUGAACUGUGAAGAACUGUGUAUUCAGGCUGCUUUCUACUAUAUUGCCAAUCAACUUUUUUGGACUUGAAACUGAUAUUUUCUUACCAGCUCUCUAGUAGUUUGAUUGCAUGCAUUCGGUAACUAUGCAUAAGCAACAUUAUUAUCUGCUUUACCUACUUAAAACUAAGCACAGUGGUGAAUAAAAUUAAUCUCAUUUGUUUUGACUCUUCAGUUCUAAUCACUUAGGUCCACAUCAGUGGAAACUGGAAUUGAUGUCAUACAAGGGUUAGGGUAAACCUCUGCACAUACGAUGUGGAAAUGAGCCUAUAAAGAUAUUUUUGCUGUUGGUGAAAAGGGGGAAAAAAUGUUAUUUAUAACAAGGCCUUAUGUUGUGUAUAUAUAUUGUCUUUGAAAUAUUUUUGAUUUUAGUUUAUUUCUUGUAAAAGAGGAAUUAUAUAAUUUAUUUAGCAAAUACUACUGUAAAGUAUAGUUUUAUUGAUGAAUAAAAUACAUUGUUCUCAAGACUA